AUGAUGACCAAGAAGCCUGGCAUGUUCUUCAAUCCUGAGGAGUCAGAGCUGGACCUGACCUAUGGCAACAGAUACAAGAAUGUGAAGCUCCCUGAUGCCUAUGAACGCCUCAUCCUAAAUGUCUUUUGUGGGAGCCAGAUGCAUUUUGUCCGCAGUGAUGAACUCAGGGAAGCCUGGCGUAUCUUCACAUCAUUGCUGCACAAGAUUGAUCAAGAGAAGCCCCAGCCUAUCCCCUAUGUUUAUGGCAGCCGCGGACCUACAGAGGCAGAUGAACUGAUGAAGAGAAUGGGCUUCCAGUAUGAGGGCACCUACAAGUGGGUGAACCCUCACAAGCUCUGA